AAGAAGUGGAGGAAGCAUUAAAAGCAGUUGGAAGGCCAUUGACUAGAACAUUUAUUAUGGAACCUUCGCGUCGUUAAAGUCUCUCUUGCAUUGAAUGCUCUACUUCAAGUGCCACUCUCAAGUAUUGUUUUUUUUUUAAAUAUAUACAAAUAAUUUCCCGUGUGCUUUUCCGAGACUUUUCUUGUGUGAAUUUGCCUCGUCAUUGGAUCUUGAGAAAAAUUUCCCAACAGGACAUUUCUUACACAUCUCCAUCGCAUCGACCUCCAUCAUCAAGUACCGGAACAAAUUUUUACAAAGUGAAGUAAAGACAAAUAAAAUUGACUUGGUGGAUGAUUUGCAGAAAAAGGAAUAAUAUACAUUGUGUGCCCUAAAGUUAGAGAGACAAUAUUACCUGCAAAAAUGAACAAUUAAUUGAAAUAACUGUCGAUGUAACGUAAAUAAUUAAUUAUGAUUUUGGAUCAGUGAAAUAAAAGUUAGUUCAAGACAUAAUUACAUGUAUAACUCGGUGGAAUGAUGUUCAAAGUGAAUUCUACUCACAAAUACAGUUCUUAACUUUUAUCUCUCUUUCACACUCUUCACUUCGUAAUUUUUACCUCAAUCAGCAAAUUGAGAAAUUCUUGUGAAAAACCGUAAUAAUCUUUCAUGUUGUGAUACUAUUUUAGUUUAUAAUAAAACCAACCACUCCUUCGUACAUCAAGUGAAAAAAAAGAAAGAAUUACCAUUAAAUUGUUUCGAUAACUUCUUUUUUCUCAUUUCUAACACCUCACACUGCAUCUAUCACGGUCAAUUAAUAAUUCAAUUUUCGACCAAUAUAAACAUCUAGUAGAAUAAAUUAGUUGCGUAGGUGUGCGUGUUCUAUUUUUUCGGGGAGAGGGAAGAAAAAAACAACACCUGUGUGGCAGUAUAAGAAAGUUGGAGUGCUAAAAUGGUAACGGUGGUGCUUAGAUAUUUACUGAUGAGCACCCUUGUGCUACUGGUGAGGAGUGAGACUGUGAAUUUUCCGGGUGUUGUGGAACAAAUUAGGACAAAUCGGCAUAGUCGUGUGAGUCGGGAUUUCGUGGAUCAGAAUGAAUAUAUUCCCGUGAAGACAAUCACGAGUGCUCCCACGAGGGCUCCUGCCGAAGAUGCGGUGGAGCAUCUCAAGGAAUUUAUUCAUGUGAAUCCAGAAACACUGACGGCACAACAGAGACGUCUACUGGAGCAAAUUGUGGAUAGAGUAGCACGAUACGGUGGAUUAAUGGUGACUAACAAAAUUCCAGUGGAAUCCAACGGUGAUGAGGAUGCACAAGCGAGAGCUCAUCCAACACGGAGCGGUAUUAGAAACAAGACUAAAUCAACCACCACUAAGAGGCCAUCGUCCGUGAUGGUAACAAAGACCGUACAAAAACAGUCAACGUCUUCCGCAUCACCGGCGCAAUCUGCAUCAACAGCGUCACUAAAUCAAUCAGCCACGACUGCAAAAGCCACUCAGAAGCCGCUCACGAGGCAAAAAGUCAAGCAACCACCAACCACAGAUAGUGGAGAUUUUUCGCAAUUCACCACACUCACUCCAUCGGUACCACCUACGAAUCACGAGGUGAAGACCACAAGCGCAACAAGCAGGCACACGGUCAAACCAUCGGAAUUAUCAUUCUAUGAUUACAAUGUAACGGCUUCGGCACUCAUUGAGAGUCUCUCGAAGCCCAAUUCUGUCGCCUACCAGCAACGGAUCCGAUUGCCAGCGCCUUCCGUAUCCACCCAUCAUCACCAGACGCCACCAACCAAUGCCACAAAGAACAAGCUCCAGCAAAAACCUCCAGCUACAGGAACUUCCAAACCAACCAAGUACCACUAUUAUCCACAUAAUCAGCAUAUUUAUCUUCUGCCCGAGUGCGCUAUUCAGCAGGUUUGCAAUGCGGUCUACGUACGACUUAAUUACACCCAACCCCUCUGCGCGUGUCCAUCGAGGUAUAGAGAUCCAUGCUCAGCCAGUCUCAACGAAGAUGACUUGCAUACGACAAAAUUGAUCGGCGACAGGAGUAAAAAGGCCAUAACCUUGGCCAAGACGUGCGAGUCAACCACAGAGAUGCGUGAGUGUCGCGCCCCAAAAGAUUGGUCCCUACUGGCGCUUCAGAACGUGAGAACGGGAAAAUCGCAUUACCUUGUCAUCUGUCGCUGUCCGGAUGGCUUUCGUCUCGAUGGUCCCAUGUCACAUGAUCAGCCCACGUACGCCAGCGUCCCCGGAAUCCGGGUAUUUGGAAUGAUGUGCGUGAAGCCAGGGUACUUUGUGAAGCACCCCACACAGAGUCAGCCACCAAAGCGUCGCCCCACGAGGCCACCAUCUCACAAGUACACAGACAGUUACCACGAGGCACAGUACCAGGCCAACUACCAAUAUCUCAAUCGUCCCGGAAGUCCUCUUCCCUUCACAUCCACUAUCUCAAGUCGACCGCAGUACCAAAACAUCGUCAACACGUACAGCCGACGAACGCGCAAUGGCACCUCCACGGAAGAGUUGGAAAUGGAGGAUACAUCAGAGCAGGAUGAGGAAGAAGACCUCGAGGAUACGACGAGAAGCGAAAGGAGCUACAAGAGUUCAACACCCGAAUUUCCCAUUCAUCGGAUAAAGGAGCUAAUAGAGCAACUGCAGUGGGAUCAAUAGACUAAAAAAAGCAUUUCUAUUAAGAAAUUCUGUAGAAAUUACCUAUUUAUUGAGUUUUACGGCAAUAUAUCAAAAUGUCUAGCA